AUGUCCAACGCCACCUCCCUCCACCAGAACUCCACCGGCGCCCCCCUGCUGUGGUACCGGUUUCCACAGUGCGCCGCCGUGCCGUACGCCUUCAUCUUCUACUACGGGGUCAAGGUGUUCAACCUGGCCGUGGGGACGCCGUGCAACGCCUUCGUCGUCUGGCAGAUCGCGGCGAGGAAGAGCGACGCCUCCACGUCGGACGUCUUCAUCCUGAGCCUGGCCGUCCUGGACGCCUGCUUCUGCCUCAUGACGCCCGUCGACCUGGUCAACACCCUGCUGGUCGACGACUUCCGCGUCUGGCACUACAAGAAGUUCAUGUACGGGGUCAAGGACGUGGCGCCGCUCUUCCUGGUCUGCAUCUCUGUAGACCGCUACGUGGCCGUGGUCUACCCGGUGCUGUUCGCCGGUAUCCGUGACAACAGGAUCCGCUCGGGGCUCUGCCUGCUGGUCUGGGGUCUGGUCCUGGCUCACGGCGUCGCCAAGAGCGUCCUGGGAAGAAAGGGCGUCAACAACAUCUUCAGCGGCGUCAUCCUGUUCGCCUUCGCGGUCAUGGUCUUCUGCAACGUCUCGGUGGUGUGGGCGCUGCGCCGCUCGGUGGCGGGGAAGGAGGAGAUGCACCCGGUGAAGAGGAGGGCCUUCAGGAUGGUGCUGAUCAACCUGGCCAUCAUCGUGGUCAACUACCUGCCGCCCGUGGCGCUCAUGCCCUUCGCGCCCUACUACACGUUUGUGGAGUUCAACUGUCAGAUCACGACCAGCGUCUUCUCCAUCAUGGACCUGAGCUGCAGCAUCGAGCCGCUCCUCUACAUCACCAAGAUGGAGCGCACCGACGGCGGCGGCUGCUGGCGGAGCCGCCGCUCCAGGAGCCGUCCGGACGGUUCCCAGAAAUCCUCCGGUCAGCAGCCGUGA